AUGAGAGCUUUGAUUAUUGUUGCCUUUUUCCUUUCAUGUUAUUCAAGCGCCCAAUCUGUCGUCGUAUCCGCUUCGAUAUCGUGCGAACCUAUACCCACAGGCAGUACGCUAGAUUCUAAACCGUUUUCAACACGUACUGCAACCCAUUCCUCAGAUGAAUCUUCAUAUGUGGGUGUAACCGCUUACUUUAGGUAUACCACAUAUAUCGAAAGCUGUAAGAGUACCAUCGAUUCCAGCACAUCUACAAUAACUGUUUGGUAG